AUGGAGAGCUGCAGGGGACCCGAGAAAGAAGAGGAGAACCAGGGAGGGGCUGAAAGGGAACUCCUCAAACUGUUGCCACAGAGGGAGGCUCCAGAGACAUCAAAGCGGAGGCAGAGAGGAGGCAGCCCCAACGCAGCAAUGACCCGCUUCAGCUGCUUCGGGCGGCUCCAGCUGUGGCCGCUGCAGGUGCUGCUGCUGCUAACUUUCGGGGCUCCAGUGACGCAAGCAGGAAUCCACUAUGCCACUGUAUAUUGGAACUCCUCAACAUCGACAGCAGAAGUCAAAGAUUCUUUAGACCCAGAUGGAGAUGCAUAUGGAUUUUAUAAUGACACUAUACAAACUACAGGCUGGGGGAUCUUGGAGAUAAAAGCUGGUUAUGGUGCUAAUUCCUUGAGCAAUGAACUUAUCAUGUUUGUAGCUGGCUUUUUGGAAGGCUACCUCACUGCAGAACACAUGUUUUAUCACCUUGAAAACCUGUAUCCCCAGAUGAUCAAGAAACCUGAUGACUUCAAAAAAGUGAAGGACUUUUUAGAGAAGCAAAAUGAUUGGGCCAGGCAACAAGUUGGUAAGAACAAGAAGAAUCCAUUUUGGAGACACAUAGGCUAUAUUCUGUCACAGCUUGAUGGGUUAUAUUUUGGAGCUGCAGAAAUGGCAAAAUCAGUUCAGAAAACGCCCUUGUCUGUUUUCCAGGUCCAGUUCCUGAAUGCUAUUGGAGAUAUACUGGACCUAUUACCUUCACUAAUGAUCCCAGGCAAUGCCUCACUGAACCGUUCUGUUGUGGAUGAAAUGGGUCAUUGCUCUGUUCUUAUUAAGGUCCUCCCUGGGUUCGAGAACAUCUUUUUUGCUCAUUCAAGCUGGUUCUCAUAUGCAUCUACACUUCGGAUAUACAAACACUGGGACUUCUCUAUCAAAGAUUCAGUGACUAAAAGUUCUCGUCAUUCGUUCAGCAGCUAUCCAGGUUUUUUGGAAUCUCUGGACGAUUUUUAUAUUCUCAGCAGUGGUUUGGUCCUGCUGCAGACCACCAACACCGUAUUUAACCGUACCCUACUGAAACAGGUGAUACCCGAAUCCCUUUUGGCUUGGCAAAGGGUCCGUGCUGCCAAUAUGAUGGCAGAUGGUGGCAAGAGGUGGGCAAAUAUCUUUUCAAAAUACAACUCCGGCACCUAUAACAAUCAGUACAUGAUCCUUGAUCUGAAAAAAGUGAAGCUAAAUGAAAGUCUUGGCAAUGAGACACUCUUCAUUGUGGAACAAAUCCCCAAGCUUGUGGAAUUCUCAGACCAAACUGAAAUUCUCAGGAAAGGAUAUUGGGCAUCCUACAACAUCCCUUUCCAUAAGACGACUUACAAUUUGAGUGGCUACCCAAUGUUGGUUAAGAAAUUUGGCUUGGAUUAUUCUUAUGACCUAGCUCCAAGAGCCAAAAUCUUCCGUCGGGACCAGGGAAAAGUGACAGACAUCAAUUCUAUGAAGAAGAUCAUGCGAUAUAACAAUUAUAAGAAUGAACCUUACAGCAGAGGAAAUCCUUGUAAUACUAUUUGCUGCCGGGAGGACCUGAAUUCAAGAAGACCUGUCCCAGCAGGUUGCUAUGACACAAAGGUGGCAGAUGUGUUUUUAGCAUCUCAGUUCACAGCCUAUGCCAUCAAUGGUCCCACAGUGGAUGAUGGUCUUCCUGUCUUCGAAUGGAAAAGGUUCAAUACAACUACUCACGAGGGUCUGCCAGAAGCCUACAACUUUGAUUUUGUCACUAUGAAACCUCUUCUAGAAGUUUGUGAAUUACAUAAAGAAAAAAAGAAAAGAUGUGGAAAGCAGGCCAAAAGGUGGAAAAGAAGGAACUAAAGGGUUUUAAAUAUAUAUGACAUAUAUAUAUUUUUUCAUAGCCUCACAAAUAAAAUCAUUGUUUU